ACGAUGUAUAAGUUGACCGCUGACUGGUAUAUAAACUACCAAGUUACUUAAUCUUUAUAGUUAUCUACCCACCCUGGAUAUACACAGAACUAAGAAAACGAGAAGAUGCCACUUCAAGCUAAGCUAAGAUCCUUGGACCAUGAGAUUGCUCAGUUGAAUAUUGCUACCAGAGAUCUCCAAAACCUCGUCAAGGGGAUGGAAAGUCGAGUUAUAUCACUAGAAGGUGGAGAACCCAACGAGAAGAUGGUGAAGAUGGAGAAGGAGGAGAAGGAAGAGAAGGAUGACCCCGAGAAGGUUAGAAUAACCACCAAGAACAUCAAGGAGUAUGUGGAUAAGAUGUGCAAACAUCCAACCAUCGCCAAGACCUCCGUCCUAUUCGACAUUAUGCCCUGCGACAGCGAAACCGACCUUGAAGAGAUGUUAGAGAAGGUUCGAGAAAUCAAAAUGGCGGGUUUACUCUGGGGCUCCAGUCGCAGAUUACCGGUAGGGUUUGGUAUUGACAAGAUGCAGCUGAUGUGUACGGUGGAAGACGACAAGGUUUCAAUUGAAGAACUUUGCGAAAAGAUGGAGGCAUUCAAAGAUCUGGUUCAAUCAGCUGAAGUUUCUGUAAUGAAUAAAAUUUAAACAUUAGUUUAUGCAUAAAAUUAGAUACAAUUUUUUGCUUUUUUAUUUCUAAAUAACAAGUUCAUGUUCGAAAUCCUAAUAAAAUUGGAAAAAAAUAA